UAUUAGCACGUUCUUGACUUGCCUGCCUUCAGCAAUGGAGGUGCCUCCAUCUUCUCCCUCCCUAUUGCUGGUCUUGCUGCUAGUCAUCUCAGCCUCUUCAAGCACCCUCCUCAGCCCCAACGGUGUCAAACUAUGAAGUUCAAGCUCUGAUGACGACCAAGAAUUACCUCAAGGACCCCGAUGGCGUGCUCAAGAACUGGGAUCAGGACUCUGUGGAUCCCUGCAGGGAGGCCCCAAGCCAGAAUCUCUGUGGCCUGCUCUCCCCAAGCAUAGGAAACCUGACCAAUCUUGAGCCUGUCAUAGUCGGGAAUCCUUUGAUCUGCGGUGCGAAUACAGAGAAAAGAUUGUUACGGGAUUGCACCAAUGCCAAUGUCCUCCAACUUAAAGAGCUCACAGGGUACUCUACCACCGGUCAAAACUAAAAGCCACAAGUUUGCAGUUGCAUUUGGUUCCACAGUCGGUUGCAUCAUCUUCCUGUUCCUUUCUUUUUUUUCUCAAAUACGCAGGAGGGCUGCGUAUAUUUGUAUUAAGAAGGAAGAGAUAAACGAGUUUUACACAAUGACCCACGAAAGGUCUAA